GGAGGGAGGAAAGGGACGGCAGCACAGCACACAGGCGCACACGCGCGCACACUGCACCAGACACGCCAAAAGCGUUAUUUUAAGGGCGGCGCCACCACUAUUGUCGCCUGCUUCACCCUCCCUGCUCACUGCCGCCUACCCUCGUUGAAGCGCGCUCUCUCGCUCUCGCUCUCCUCGCGCUUCCUCCCACUCCCACUGGACAGAGAGGAGGGUUAGUGGAGGGCGGGGUAGGAAGCUACCGCCGCCACAGUAACAGCGUUAGCUAGGGGGGAAGCACGGAAGCGGGAAGCAAUGGCGACCGGCGGCGGCAGCAGCAGGAGCGACGACGUGCGCGGGCUCAAGUUUGGCAAGAAGAUCUACUUCGAGCAGGACGGCGGGAGCGGGAGCGGGGCGGGGGCGGUGGGCGGCAGGAAGGGGAAGGGCGUGGCCACCGGUGGCGCGAGGCCGGCGUCCGCCGCCUCCGCAGCCCAGCCGCCGAGGUGCCAGGUGGACGGGUGCGGCGUGGAUCUGAGCGCCGUCAAGCAGUACUACUGCCGGCACAAGGUGUGCAACAUGCACUCCAAGGAGCCGCGCGUCUUCGUCGCCGGCAUCGAGCAGCGCUUCUGCCAACAGUGCAGCAGGUUCCACCAGCUACAUGAAUUUGACCAAGGGAAACGUAGCUGCCGCCGCCGCCUCAUCGGUCACAACGAGCGCCGGAGGAAGCCACCACCUGGACCUCUCACUUCACGAUAUGGCCGGCUCGCUGCAUCACUUCAAGAGCCUGGCAGGUUCAGAAGCUUCCUGCUCGACUUCUCGUACCCAAGGGUUCCAAGCAGCGUGAGGGAUGCGUGGCCAGGAAUCCAGCACGGUGGCGACAGGAUGCUGGGCACCGUCCAGUGGCAUGGGCACCAAGAACCUCCUCACCCACACCGCAGUGCAGCUGCUGGCUAUGGCAACCAUGCUGCAUACAACUGCCAUGGCGGCUUGGUAGCAGGCGGGGCCCCAAUGCUCUCCUCUGCCGCCUUUGAGCUCCCGCCUGGCGGAUGUGUCGCGGGAGUUGCCGCCGACUCCAGCUGUGCUCUCUCUCUUCUGUCAACUCAGCCAUGGGACACGACCUCCCACGACCACCGGUCCCCAGCAAUGCCCGCGGCCGGCGCCUUCGACGGCACCCCGGUGGCGCCGUCCGUCAUGGCGAGCAGCUACGCGGCGUCGAGCGCCUGGACGGGCUCGCGGGACCCCGCUGCCGACGGCGCCAGGAACGCGCAGCGUCUCGACGAUGCUCUGCACCUGGUCCACCCAGGCUCCGCGGCGGUCCACUUCUCCGGCGAGCUCGAGCUCGCCCUGCAGGGAAGCGGCGGGCCGCCACACCUGCCGCGCGUCGACCAUGGCGGCUCCGGCGGCGGCACCUUCAACCAUUCCACCACCAGCGCGAUGAACUGGUCCCUGUAGCAGCACUGCCUGCCUUCAUCCGGUCGCCACGCCACGAGAUGUGGAGGGAGCACUUUUGCAUUGGACACCACCCUGGUUUUGUGCGCCUUACCUUGCCGUUCUCGUUUUUUCAGGGUGGAGAAACUGGGAUUCCUAACCAUAGUAGAUCUACCGUGAAUUCCCUUCCCGUGUAGUAGCGCAUUGCGUCCAUGAACUCAUUUGAUCGAUCGUCGUGUCACCGUGUGCGUAACUGCGUAUCUGUUUGGCGUAACUGCGUAUCUGUUUGUUGAAUCUUUCCGAACA